CAAGCCGUCACUGCAGCUCACCGAGGUUUGCUUACUUCCAACCGAGGGGACUUCACCCUGGUGCCUCCAUCACUAUUGGCCUUUCCAAAACUCCCCAAACAUGGCUCCUUUUGAGAAAUCCAUGGAGAUGAUGCCCUUCAAGCAGAGGAAAUGCCUCGCAACGAGAAAAGAUGAGGUGUGCAAUAUUCGCUCUAAAUUCCCCAACAAAUUGCCUGUGAUUGUUGAGCGUUACGUCAGGGAGAAGAACCUCCCUCUGCUGGACAAAACCAAGUUUUUAGUUCCCUUUGAGCUUACUUUGAGUCAGUUCCUCUGUCUUCUCAGGAAUAAGAUUGCUCUGGACCAGACACAGACUCUGUUCCUCCUGGUUGGGGGGAAGAGCAUGUCCUGCAUGUCCUCCAGCAUGGGGGAGAUCUAUUCCCACUUCAGAGAUUCUGACGGCUUCCUGUACAUCACCUACGCAUCACAGGAAGUGUUUGGAGCUCCUCAGUCUGCAGACAAGCCGCCUCGCUGAGAGAGAGAGUGAAAAAAUGAACUGAAAAAAGACAAAGUGAACUAAAGGAGACAUCUGCCUACCUCAAGAAACAGCUUUGGGCUUUCAAAGACCUGAUGUCCAGCCUCCUCACUGCUGACAAUACAGGGCAGCGUGUGCCCUGAGGAAGACUCCACAGACUUGUUUACAGUUUUAAUUUCUACCCAUCUUCAAUUUGAAUAAGAUUGUUGUUCUUUUUUC